UGGUGUCAGCAACGAUUGCCACCAUUCUUCUCCAUCCGUUGUUGGCAUAAAACUGUUUUAUUCUUAUCCAUCUUAUUCUACCAGGUGGCGCAGCCAGGUGUAGAGAAUACGAUCGGGGUGAGUCGCUUCCAUCGAACAGCCGGUCCCCGGCACCAAAAAUCCGUGACUUCACAUCGUGACAAAUCGUGACGGAUGACACACUAAUCGGAAGCAGUUACUGCCCCCGAGACUUCUACUUCAACCUCCACCUCUUUCUUCCUUACAGAGUGAGGUAGGCGUGUCCGACUCACGCCAAUGUCACCGCAGCCAAUCAGAAUGGACGGAUACACCUACUCCACCCACUCGAUGGUGUCGACGGUUUGUACCUGGCUCGAGUAGAGACUUCGUACCAACAAGACCCGAGUCAUGGCACGGUUUGCGAUGUGGGAGAGAUAAAAACAUUACGGAAAUGCAACUUAGUCCGGUUGCUAUUACGGAUUCUGUACCGCCAAGCAACGGCGAUAGAACAGCCAUGUCGGCCGGAGCACCCGUUACAGUUAUUGUACCUCGAGGCCUAACUUCAAGAAAAUUAUCGGACUCGAAGCGUGAAUUCCAGCAAGCUAAAGUGAUUUCCUUCUCCGUAGACUCUUUACUGUCCAACGACAGGGCCAAAGAGAAUCCCAAAACGCCUUCACCGGUGCCGCUUAACAAUUCUAAGUGCUUCACCGUGGAUGGCAUACUCGACAAACCUAGCAGCGGAGUUUUGGGACUGGGAAACGUAAAUGGGGUCCGCAAUCACCCGGCAAGUAAUGGUACCAAACCCGUAGGAGUCGUUGCUACCGAAUCGGGGGUAUGUCCAGCACCGCCUUGGGCCCAUUCGUUAGGAUUGGCUAUACCCUGGUUGCACACCGCCAGGUCUAUCUCGCCUGUUUCAAGCUAUAGUAAAUGAAAUAAUAUUAAACCUUGACCAAGAAUAUCUGAAAUUCAUUAACUUGUUCCUGCUCUUUAU